AUGGCUCGGACUGACGAACCUUCAGCCAUCGAACCUCGCGUGGUCUUGCGAACACCAGGAAUGAACGAGGUCCUACCACGGCACGAUCUCAACUUUCUUACGUCUUCAGCGACAUUUCCGCAAGGAGAAUGGGUACUCUCCGAGUUCGGUCAUCCUCAUCAGUUUCAGGCCGCAUAUUGCGUGCGAAAUGCCCAGGGCCAGAUGGUGCGAGCCCCAAUGCCACUCGCAAACGUCUCUGCAGUCACGAACCAGCAAGAGAUUUAUGAUCACUGCACAGUUUAUCAUUAUGAUCCAACAUAUCAGAGCCCAGAUGACACAGAACAUAUUUGUGACACGGCCUCCAUUGGUCGGGAGGAGCAACAAACCGGCAGUGGUUUGCUAUACAACGACUACAACCACCAACAGGCUUCAGCAUACCCCCAAGAAUCUGAUCGUUACCACAUCGAUCUUGACAUCAAACAAGAAAUAUUCCCGUCCAGCGAAACGGCAUUUCUUGCCAGCCCGCCACCAUACUUGUCGGGCGUAGCAGCAAACGCACAAGCCCACGCCAGCCUCUUCGAAAAGCGGUCAGAGAUCGCGCCAACAUCAGUUCAUGGUUCGAAUAUAAUCAGUUUUCCAGUAAAAAAGGCCAGUUUUAGGUAUUCAUCUCGCCCAGAGUCAUCAUCAGUUGUCAGCAACUUCCUUGGCGACACUCUGCUUCUCGAUUCUUUCCACAACGUAGGCAAAGAGGAAAUUCACAGCUCUGGGACCUUUGCUCCCCAAGAUUCCUUCCACACGGAAAUUCAAGCAGCCUCUUUCUUGAGUGCUGACUCUUUCGACAUGGCACUCUCCCCGACCAUGUUCUCCCAGCUUGACGAAAGUGCCCUUGACCAGCUUUUGCGCCAGAGGAACGAUACGAAGGCUGUUCCCCCGAGGCCAAGGGGUGCUGGAGAAGGUUGUCGAGGCUCUGCAUGCUUGCAAAUAACUGUGGACUGCAUCAAGACGCUGCUGGUCUUCAGCGAUGUUUUGACCGCUCCCGAGUGCCCAGAGGGCAAUUGGUAUGGAGUUUGUAUGUGUUGGGGCCACCUUGCAUUCUCUGGGAGUCAUUUGGGGGUUGUUUGCGUGGCCGUUGCUAUCUAG